AUGUCAUCCCUCAAUCCCAAGAAACGCCGUCGCGAGAGGGUCAAUGUGGACGUCAAACUUGUAGAAAUUUACGAUGAUUUGAGCAACGAGAAUGAUGAAAUCAGGCUCAAAGCUGCCGGCGAGCUGCUCUCGCGUUUCACACCAGAAGCGAAUCCAGCACCGGAGGAUGUUGAGAAAGCUCUGCUGCGGCUGUUCAGGGGCCUAUGUAGUAGCCGCAAAGCUGCAAGGCUUGGGUUUUCAAUUGCAUUGACAGAGUUGCUUUCUAUACUCUUUGGUCAGGCUGAGGGUGAACAGAAGAGCGGUCUUGCAGGAUGGGACGUAUCCAAGGCAAUUGACCUUCUUGAGUCGAAUACAAACACUACCAGUGCUGAGUCCGGACAGGAAGAAAGAGACCACCAUUUUGGUAGGCUGUUCGGCGCAGAAGCUAUUUUGAAAAGCUCUAUUCUGUUCCAGCCUGAUGUCCCGUUUGAGAACUGGACUAGACUGCUCUCUCUAGUAUUUGAGUUGGCCAAAAAGAAACCAUGGCUGAGAGAAGAGUGUGGAUAUAUCAUUUUCUACGCUAUCUGUGAUAUCGGUGCACGAAACCGGGGAACUAAAUAUGUCGACUCUGCUCUUGCUGCUCUGUGUGGGAAUAACCUUGCCAAAACCCCCGAGGGCAUCGCUAUCUGGCUGGCCGCCAUGGACCUGUCAUGUUCUCCACCAGUUGUCUUUCCUUCUGGUGUUUGGAGUCACGAUAACCCUUUAAAUUCGCGCGAGAAGGCAUCUUUGGCUAAAAUUAUGAAAGAAUCCUCCGGCCAGGACGCUUCUAACGACGAAGAGUCAAAGGUCAAGAACCCUGGGGUUUGGAACCCGAAGCUCCCUUUUGCCUGGGCCCCAAUUCUCACCAAGUUAUAUUCUACAGCUGGUGGAAAGGGUCAAGUCGAGGGCAAGGGGAAAAAGGAUAAGACAGCGCAGUUGUCUUUUCUCGACUUUUGGACUGAAGUCGUUGACUGCGGAUUGUUUGCUGCCGCUUCAUCAGAAGAACGCAAGUACUGGGGUUUCCUCGUUUUCAUGAAGGUCCUCAACGAAGCAUCUAUAGAGGUAGCCAGUCAGAUCUUUACACAAAAUUUCAUGCGCUGUUUGAUGAACCAGCUUGCCGUUGAAGACAGAUACUUGCAUAAGAUUGCUGUCAAGGCUGCAAAGUCGAUACAGGCUCGUGCCUCCAAGGAGCCAGACUUUGCAUAUCCUGCCUUAUGCGGCCUUAUGGGACCUCGGGGUGCAGUCAACUUUGACCAGAUUGCCAAAGUCAAGGUUGUCGAGAAGAUUGUCGCCGAUGUAUCCCACACCGCAAUCAAGCAGCUCAUGCCGUUUUUUGAAGGCCUAAUUGUCAACCCGGAAGCUGAUGUUAAGGCGGCAGCUUCCAGACGUCAGCUCAUUGCCAACUUCCUGCAGACCAUUGUUAAAUCUUUUAUCACAUCUGCUAAGGAGGAUGAUUCCGACGAACUAGAUUCAGCUGUUCAGGAGAUCGUCCUCACUCUUGCGAGAUACACCUACUUUUCAAGUGAUACGGCUAAGCCUCCUAUCAGUGAUGCUACCAGGGAAUUGUUCAGAAACAAAAUCAUGGCUUCUCUAAAUAUUGUCAUCAGCAACCAGAAACGGCCCUCUGACAUCGCGUACAAGGUUGUCCAGAAAAUUAGAGACAUGGAGGAGGCUGGAGAUUCAGGCAAAUCCAUCAUCGAUAUGAGUGACAGUAUAUCUGAAUCCGUCCAUUCCGCCUUUAAGACCCUAAAGAAGAUUAACAAGAAGGGUAAACAAGAGGAUGGACAACAAAACCAGGCUGCUCAGGGGCUUAAAUUGCUUUACUCCUUGACAAUACUUCAGGUAUACAACGGAGACGCGGAUGCAGCGUCAAUGCUGGAUGAGCUCAAGAUGUGUUAUGACAAAUUCUUAAGCCACAAGAAAUCCAGCGAUGAAGAAAGCGGGCAAGCUUCUGACGCACUGGUUGAAAUACUGCUCAGCUUUGCUUCGAAACCAUCUCAUUUAUUCCGAAAGAUGAGUGAGCAAGUAUUUGGAGCUUUUGCAGACAAGCUGACCCCUACAGGCCUCCAGUCUCUACUUGCGAUCCUCGAUGCAAAGGAAAGCCUAGCGGGCCAACAGGAGCUAUUUGAUAGAAAUGAUGAUGAGGAUGAAGGAGAAGAAGACGACAACGACGAACUGGAUAGUGACGUCGAAAUGAUUGAUGGCUCCGAUGUUGAGGUUAUUGACGGCGAAUCGGACUCCGCAUCAGACGAGUCAGAAGAGGAAGAUGAAGAGGAAGAUGAAGGAGACGAGGAGAACGAACAAAACCUGGCUGAAUUCGAUGCAAAACUCGCUGCUGCACUGGGUACCCAUCGCGCAGACAAAGACCUUGAAGCAUCUGACGGAUCAGAUGAUGGUUCCGACAUGGGAGACGAUGACAUGGAGGCUCUAGAUGCCCAACUUGUCAAGGUCUUCCAGGCCCGCGAGCAAGCCUCAAGCAAGAAGAAGGAUAAAAAGGACGCCAAAGAGACUAUGAUCAACUUCAAGAACAGAGUGCUCGAUCUACUGGAGAUAUACAUCAAGAAAUGCCACUCCAAGUCCCUGGCUCUGGAAAUUAUCGUUCCGCUCUUGCAGUUAUUGCGGAGGUCGAGUGUUCAGCAACUUGUACAGAAAACGGCGAAUGUUUUGCGGGAGUAUACUCGGCUCUGCAAGGGUCCAGGUGUACCUAAAGUUGAAUCUGACGAGACUGUCUGGGGUAUGCUUCGAGAGGUCCAUUCUGAGGCGAUGCAUAGUGCGUCUGGCCCACAUGCUGCGUCGUGUAGCCAAGCAAGUCUGCUUCUUGUGAAGGUGCUUGUGGCUCAUGAUAAGGAGUCUGUGUCGGGAAUCGUGGAUAUCUAUGCUGAUACAAGGAAGAAGCAGCUACUGAGCAAUAAGUGUCAUGUCCAAGCGUCUUUCUUCUCUGAUUGGAAUAGUUGGUGUGUCUCUGCCUGCAAGCAGUUGAAGAAUUGA